ACGAUGCGUAGUGAUGCCAAAAGAAAAAGGAACUGCUUCGCUUAGCUUUGUUGUUGAUCGCAAGCACAAAAAUCUCGGCCCAGAUCCAAAAUAAUGAAUCCCCGAUUAUUACUCUUCUUAACUAGUAGUAGGAGAAUAAUUCCCUGAUAUACACCUACCUGUUGCCUGUUGACCUAAUCGAAUCGAGAACCGUCUUGGCGGCGGGCGACUACUGCAUAAUGGCGGCGGAGACCAGAUCAUUGGAGCUGCGAUCCAAGACAACCCGCGGGGACGAUCACGUGGAAGAAGACGAGGAAGGCAGGGAGCCCAAGAAGAUGAAAACAACUCUGGCGACGGAGCAAGACGGCGACGGCGACGGCGACGAGGAGUUGGAGAUUUCGUCUCCGCUCCGCGAGCCCUACGUUCCCGACGGGGUAAAAGACAGGCGUGCCAACCAGCAUAUAUUCGCCGCCUGCAAGCUCGCCAAAGCCAAAUUCUCUGAAAAACGAGAUCGCGUGAACAAGCUGCUGCCGACGUGCCAAUACUUUGAAAGGCCGCUCGUCUCCGUCCCCGACGCCGGGAGGAAGGCCGUGCUCCCGGCCGCCAGAUCCCUCAUCCGCCUCUCCUCCUCUGUCGGCCGCCAGCCGCUCACGCGAUCCGCCGGUCUCUGGAUCGAUUGGGACGAGGGGAGCGGAACCGGCAUUGUUUUGACAUCCGCGCAUCUGAUCCGUGCCAAGAAGCCGCUGCCCAAAGACUACUGGAUGCUCAAAGACCGGCACCUGUAUCAUCCCGGUGCUCAAGUUACUGUUCACUUGCACGAUGACACCACUGCGGAAGGCCGCCUGCUCUAUCACCAGGAGCAUUACGACGUAGCUUUCUUUAAGGUUGCAGUGGAUCGACGUGUUCAACUAACCUCUUUUGCUGACACAGUUAACAUGGGUCAGAAGGCUUUGCGGCUCGGAAGAGAAGAAAAUUUAAAUCUCAGGAUAACCCAUGGCAAGGUUAAACUAGACGAGGCGGAACUAGGAGAGGGACACCACCACAACAUGUACUUUUAUCCCAAUGAAAAAUAUGAGGACGAGGAGACUGAAGAGAGGCAGAGAAUGUGGAGGGGAAAGGGUGUGUACAUACCUAGGUGUGAUGAUGAUGGAGAGCCGGUCAUUGACUUUGAUGGAAAGGUUGUGGGGAUGAUCAACUGUUCUGAAAGUGGGUCCUUUGUUCCUUCUUCCAUUUUGAACAACUGCAUGUAUUUGUGGAGGAAUUUCGGGUGCAUCCCUCGGCCCCACCUUGGAUUGCAGUGUGAGGCCCUGAAGUUUUUAGAUCCCAUCCAUGCUGAGUAUAUAUGGCGCAAGCUAAACAUUGAUGAUGGUCUUGUUGUUAAAGAGGUGUCAAUAGGAUCUCAUGCUGAGAAAGUUGGAAUCCGAGUUGGUGAUAUUAUUGAAUGCAUUGAUGGAGAACGUAUUUCCACCACAAUUGAGUUGGAAAACAAGUUGUUGGGCAUAUGCAUGGGCACUUUUGAUAGAGGAAAUGACAUUAAUGCUAAAGUGGAUGUUUUUGUCCGAGUAUUUCACACGGCCAACCAUGUCUGGAGAACAAAACAGUUAACUGUAAAUUUAUCCGAUCGCCGAGAAGUUGUUGAAGGAGGUCAACGGGUUCUAUUUUAUGCCAUGGCAUCAAUGUUUGAUUUUCCUGUUAGCACCUGGCAUUGCUUUGGACUGAGCUUACUAUCCUAUCACUAAUGAAGAAGGGUGUUCUGCUCUUGUGUCACCUGACCAAGUUAACUCGGACUAGGACUUGGACUUGCGCUGGUUCAUGUGAUGAUUUAGCUCUUCCAAGUCUUUUUUCUACAAUGGAAGGGAUAAAGAAGACAAGAUUGUUUAGCCAUGUUCUAUAUUUCAAGGUCUUACAAAUGCCUAGAUAUUUAGGCGGCAGUGAGACAAGGAGUUUCAGUGCUAAGAGGAUGCUCUUAAUCUUAGGUGGUUAGGGCGGCAGACCCGCCACAGGUAUUAUUGUCGUUUGUAGGGGUGUUCACAGGCACCUAUAGGGCAUGUCUUUAUUCUUUCAUUAACUAAUUAAAGAGGUUAUUGUAGGUAUCAUUUGAAAAGGAAUAUCACCAAAUGUGCAUUUGUAACUAAGUAUUCGUGUACCCCUAAAAAGAAACUAAGUAUUCGUGUGUGCCUA